GGGGGGGGGGGAGUGAGUUGCACAUGACAACUGAAUCCAGACCCAUUUUGAGUGGAAUGAACUGAGAAAAUGGGGGAGUGCUUAACACAGACUGUGUUGACCUUGGAACCAGAGAACAGAAAGCCGUUGAUUCCCAGUAUGCAAGAGUCUCCAGCAUUGUUUUUGGAGAAGACUCAAAGUACAGACAAUGUAAAAGGAGAACAGUGUGACUCCGAUGCUGGAUCUGGGGUUGAGGAAAUCGACUUCAAUUGGGAUGAAUACCUUGAAGAGACGGGUGCAAGUCCUGCCCCACACAACUCAUUCAAACAUGUUGAGAUCAGUCUUCAGAGCAGUUUUCAGCCAGGGAUGAAGUUGGAGGUGGCUAAUAAAAAUCACCCAGACACCUAUUGGGUAGCCACUAUCAUCACAACAUGCGGCCAGCUUUUACUCUUGCGAUACAGUGGCUACGGAGAUGACCGGAGAGCAGAUUUCUGGUGUGAUGUUAUGACUGCUGAUUUGCAUCCUGUUGGGUGGUGUUCGCAAAACAAGAAAGAGCUAAAACCUCCGGAAGGAAAAUGCCUGGCUCCACAACCUUCCCUGGAAACAUGCCCAAGAUUGGAAACACAACAUAGUUGGAAUCGUAACAGUGAGCCUGUGUCCUAUCCACUUCGGCACAGCAUUUUGUUGCAGCAAAAUGCUGCACCACUCUACCCCAAAAGUCCUAAAGAUCAUUUAUUAACGAUUAGUGAGAAAUACACAGACUGGACUGAAUUUCUUAUUCAGGAUUUGACUGGUGCACGCACAGCUCCUGCAAAUCUCCUGGAAGGGCCUCUAAGAGGGAAGAAUGCAGUGGACCUCAUUACCCCAAAAUCCUUAAUUGAGCUUCAGGAUUUGAAAAACCCUUUUCGUUACUGGAUUGUGCGAGUGAUUGAGAACGUUGGCGGGAGAUUAUGUUUGCGCUACGAGGGAUUGAAUGAUGGAAAGCACGACCAGUGGUUGUUUUAUCUGGACUACAGACUCCGGCCAGUAGGAUGGUGCCAGGAAAAUCAUUGCAAGCUCGAGCCUCCUGCAGUGAUUCAGGCUCUUAAAAGUGACGCUGAAUGGAAAGAAGCCCUCGAAAAGGUUCUGUCUGAAGCUGAAAAUUUUCCAUUGCCAGUGGAGGUGUUUAAGGACCAGCCUGAUCUUCGAACUCACUCCUUCACAGUUGGCAUGAAGCUGGAGGCAGUGAACUCAUUGGAGCCCUUUUCCAUCUGCCCUGCCUCCGUAACAAAGGUUUUCAACGAUCAGUAUUUUAUGAUCACGAUGGAUGACCUAAGGACAGAGACUAGUGAAAACACAGUUCUUUGUCAUGCUGAUUCUCCAGGGAUUUUGCCUGUUCAGUGGUGCCUUAAAAAUGGGGUCCAUCUCACUCCACCUAAGGGUUACCCGAAUCCAGACUUUGAUUGGGCUGAUUACCUUAAACAAUGUGAAGCAGAAGCAGUUUCUCAAUUCUGCUUCAGAAAUACUUCAUUCAAUCGUGGUUUCACCAAAAAUAUGAAGUUGGAAGCAGUUACCCACAGUAAUGCAGCAGAGAUAUGCGUUGCUUCGAUCAUUAAAGUAAAAGGACGAUUGAUGUGGAUUCACCUUGAAGACUCUAAGAAUCCUGUCCCAGAGUACAUUGUAGAUGUGGAUUCAAUGGACAUUUUUCCAGUGGGCUGGUGUGAAGCAAAUGGGUAUCCUCUCACCCCACCGUAUCGGGCAGUAUGUCAUAAACAGAAGAAAAUUGCAGUAGUGCAACCAGAAAAACAGUUACAUUCCUCUGUGCCCAUGGAGCCACGCCCUGUCGAUUCUUUCCCCAUUGCCACAGAUGCAGGCACUACCACCAACGGAAAGUACUGCUGUUCCAAAAUCUACUUUAAUCACCGCUGCUUCUCAGGGCCAUAUCUAAACAAAGGGAGAAUAGCAGAGCUUCCUCAGUCAGUUGGACCUGGAAAAUGUGUGCUCGUCCUAAAAGAGGUUCUUACUCUAUUGAUCAACGCGGCUUAUAAACCAGGCCGUGUACUGCGGGAAUUGCAGCUUGACAAUGACCCACAAUGGAACUGUCAAGAAGAGACACUAAAAGCCAAGUACAAAGGGAAGACGUACAGAUCAAUUAUGAAAAUCGUAAGAACGGCAGAUCGGGUUGCAGAUUUCUGCAGAAGGACCUGCAUGAAGCUGGAAUGUUGCCCAAACUUGUUUGGCCCUCUCAUGGUGACUGACAAAUGCCCCGAAAAUUGCUCCGUUCACACUAAAACAAAAUACACUUAUUACUAUGGAAAAAAGAAGAAAAUCAUCAGGCCACCUGUUGGACACGGCAGUAUAGAAAGUAAUAAUAAAAAACCUGCGAGACGCAGAAAGAAGCGUAGGUCUUGCUUUGUCCAAAAGAAGAAGCGUUCAUCUACUUCAAUGGACUAUACUCCAGUGGCCUCUCCGCAGGAAAAUGGAGAUGAGAAAGAAGAUGGCCACGAUGUGAUGGAUGAUGAAACUGGAAGCGAAGAAACCAGCUCCGAGCAGCGGGGUGACCAGACGGACACAUCUUCUGAGGUGCCAGAUGUUAAACCAAAACGAUUAGCAAGACUGAGAUCAGCCACAGAACUGCCUCGGCCUCUCAUUGUAGAGAGGGCAAGACGAAAGAGAAGGGCACGAUCGCUAUCACUUUCCGAGGAUAACAAAUAUAGCUCUCUCAAGUCCCCAGCACCAAAGGAAAGUCGGCAGAUUGAAGAGGAUAAACUUAUCCUGGAGAGUAACCCCUUGGAAUGGUCAGUGUCUGAAGUGGUCCGAUUUAUCAAAUCUACAGACUGUGCUCCUCUUGCAAAAAUCUUUCAGGAACAGGACAUUGAUGGUCAGGCACUACUUCUCCUGACACUGCCAACAGUCCAAGAAUGUAUGGAACUCAAACUUGGCCCUGCUAUCAAACUGUGUCAUCACAUUGAAAGAGUUAAAAUCGCUUUCUAUGCACAAUUCGCCAACUGAUAGAGUUGUCUUAUCCUAGUCUGCCCUCUAAUUAAUGAACACUGGAUCAAUAUGUUGAGAUUUAACACAAGAGCCAGGUAUUCAUCUAUCCACGCCAGCCAUACAGACUAUCUUGUGAGCAAUUUUUUUCUAUUUGCUGUUCACAGAGGUAGUUUCAUCAAAAUGAAGUUGCGGAACUGCAAAGCGGACUUUUUCUUUUUCUCUCUCUCUCUCUGCAACAAGGUGCAUACUACAGCAAAGUUAGAUAACAACAGAGUUGUAGAUGGUCACCAAUCGGCACAUAAUGAAGGAAUGAAUAGAUCUGAACCACUUCAACCUGAGUUGUGAAUAUCAAUGGGAAGAUAUCCUAACAUCAGAGAAUCAUAGCAGCUGUACAAUUUUUUUGGUUAAGGAUUCAUUGUUUGAUGGGCUUUCUCGCCUUACCAAGUCGAACAUGAAAAUCCUAUCUUACUAAAAACAGUAGCUUACGCGCACACAUUGGAACCCACAGAAGAAGAAAGUGUGAUGCCCCUUUUUUGGGAUAUACUGUUUUUUUGACUCUGUCAAACUCCACUUCAUUCGGUCAACACUCCUGCACAAUACUGGUGUUCAGUUCACACAACGUUCCUCCGUUUCGAUCAAUGUCUUCUUCACGAUUUUGUUAAGAAAGAGUUCUUGACUUGUGUUUUGUAGGGAAUACUUCACUGUGUUAUCACUACGCUCUUUGAUUUGUUGAACUGGGGAGUCGGGGAGUGCUCUGCUGGCACAUAUAACCUGCUCACUAAAGUUCAGAAGCAAUCAGAAAUGUCAGUAAUUAAGUGAGGUUUCUCUUUGUCUCUUCUCCCCACCUCCACACACAUUCCCUCACGGGGAUAAAAUUUUAAAGACAGAUGUGUAAAAUAGUUGCUGACACUGGUAUCAUAUAAAUUAUUUUAAAAAUAGUGUAAUAUUUUAUAUGUAAAAGGAGAAGCGAGGUUCAGGAAGGACUGUGUGACCUAUCAUAAAUGUCAAAUGAUUUGACGAUUUGAAGUGAGACUAUUGUGCUGUGGAAUAUGGGCGUAGAGUUGUUUGCAAGCAGAAUUUACGCACCACUGUUAUUUAUACUUUGAAGCAAAAUACAGGAAACGCUACGGCCUUCAGCAUUGAGAUGAAUUGUAUCUACUGGCUGAGUACGUGUCACAUAAACUUAAAAAGAUAAACUCAAGGCUGCGGUUAUCUUACAGAACGCAUCUAGCACCAAUUGUUUUCUGAUUUAAUCUGCACAAUAAAUGUUUUUUUUACUCUUUA